AUGGCCCAGCAGCAGAUGACCAGUUCGCAGAAGGCCCUGAUGCUCGAGCUGAAAUCCCUACAGGAGGAACCGGUGGAGGGCUUCCGGAUCACCCUGGUGGAUGAAUCCGACCUCUACAACUGGGAGGUUGCCAUCUUCGGACCCCCUAACACGCUCUACGAAGGCGGCUACUUCAAGGCGCAUAUUAAAUUUCCUAUUGACUACCCAUAUUCACCACCUACCUUCAGAUUCUUGACCAAAAUGUGGCACCCCAACAUUUAUGAGAAUGGAGAUGUAUGCAUUUCAAUUCUUCAUCCGCCUGUAGAUGACCCACAGAGUGGAGAACUGCCCUCUGAAAGGUGGAAUCCUACUCAAAAUGUCAGGACUAUCCUGUUAAGUGUAAUCUCAUUGCUUAAUGAGCCCAACACCUUCUCUCCAGCCAAUGUGGAUGCUUCGGUUAUGUUCAGGAAAUGGAGGGACAGCAAAGGAAAAGACAAAGAAUAUGCUGAAAUCAUUAGGAAACAGGUGUCAGCCACUAAAGCCGAAGCAGAAAAGGACGGAGUGAAGGUCCCUACGACCCUGGCGGAAUACUGCAUCAAAACUAAAGUGCCUUCCAAUGACAACAGCUCAGAUUUGCUUUAUGACGACUUGUAUGACGACGACAUCGACGAUGAAGAUGAGGAGGAGGAAGAUGCCGACUGUUAUGAUGAUGACGAUUCUGGAAACGAGGAGUCGUGA